UGUUAUUUUGCUUCUGUGCGUUGUAAUGCAUAGCAUUUGUCUUUGGUUUCCUUCUGGGGAGGAGUAAGUUUGGCUACAAAACGAAAAAAUGGCCCAGAUAGGGUCAUGGAGGAAAAUGUGAAAGAUAAGGUCACUAAAAGAAACGAAUAUGUUUACGAGGCAAGUUUAUCUCGAACGGAUAAAAUGCAAGCAGCGCUGGGAAAUGGAGCAACUAAAAGUAAAAUUGUCAUUUUUGGAAUAAAUAUUUACCGAAGAACAAGGGAAUGAACUUCAGUAAUGAAAUUGGCAAAAUAGUUAAAAAAAAAAAGAUGACGUUUAUUUCACCAGAAAUGGAAAAAUCAUUGUUACAACAAGCAGUACUGAUACCAUUAAGAAGCUCUUAAAAGAAACUUUGCUAUGGAACUUACGCCAGAGGUAGAGUUUGCUCAAAAACUUGUGUCGAACCAGCCGAAAGUUAGGGAGAAAGUAUUGAAACAAAUUGGAAAAUGGUUGGCAAUCAAGUCUUCUGCAGAUGAAGCAUUUACAGAGGAUGGUAUGCUAAAGCUAUGGAAAGGACUUUUUUUGUACUUUUGGAACUGUGACAAACCCUUGUUUCAAGAAGAAAGAGCUGAUUUGAUAAGUAAAUAUAUUCAUGCUUUCAAAAAGACCAAGUAUUCCUUUUUAUAUAUGGACACUUUUUUCCAAACCAUGUCAAGAGAAUGGUUUGGCAUUGAUAAAUACAGAAUUGAAAAGUUUAUGAUGUUUGUCAGAAAAUUUUUACGGGAAUGUUUUGAACUUCUUAAGAGAUCCGAGUGGAAUUUUAAACGUGUGAAACAGUUUCGAAAAGUUAUGAAGAAAACAGUUAUCAGUCCAAAAUCAGAAAGUGCACCUCUUGGGCUAAAAAUUCAUAUUUGUGACAUAUACAUGGAAGAGCUAGCAAGAGCAGGCUCAGAACAGCUAACUCCAGAAAUGAUCACAUGGUUUUUAAAUCCAUACUUAAUUGUCUUAUGGAAGUGUGAUGACUCAUCUUUCCUUGAAAAUGUAUCAAAAGAUGUCUUCCUAUACCUAUUAAAUCAAGAUGCUGAUGAGCAAGAAUUUCAUAAAUUUCCUGUUUUAAAGUUUGAUGCAACUGAAAUUCAAAAGUUGUUAUUGGAGCAUGCAACAAAACCAACAAUCAGAAAAUUAAAUAGGAGUAGGAUGUAUGAUGUUAUUCAAGAGUUUCAUUAUUAAGCCAGAAUAUGGGAAACAGUCAAAAAAUCUACAUUAUUUUUGGAGUACAACAGACUAUUGCCAUAAUACUGGUCAAUAAAUCUCAGGCAUCACUUUGUAAAUAUAUGUAAAUAAAAAAAAAC